ACAUGGGGUCGAGGGGCAUGGGGAAACCGAGACCGCUGUGAGAAGAUGGGUCUAGCAUAGCAGCACCCACCUCCCUGCGACGGAUUGCGGCCACAAGCGGGCGCCCUGGAGCACGGUUCAGCCCCCGCCCUCCGGCGGGCCACCUCCCUCCUUCCCCGCACCAGCCCCUUCCCUGCUUCCCCGCCCCGGCCCCAGUCGCAGCCUGCACUCGCCUGCCUCCUCGCGCAGCUCCCCAGGCGUGCGCCUAGAGUUCUGGGAGCCUCCUUGCGGCUGCAGGAGAGACCCCUGCCCUCUCUGGGGCAGCCUCCCUGCUCCACGUGGGCAGGGUGUUCUGUGGCACCAGCACAGCAGCUGGCAUGGCGGGCGCGGAGCAGCAUGAGGGCACCACCCAGGUGCAGGGCCAGAGCCUCUUCUUCCGAGAGGCUCGCCCCGGCGGUGGGCAGGCCGCCCGCUUCUCCGUGCUGCUGUUGCAUGGCAUACGCUUCUCCUCCGAGACCUGGCAGAACCUGGGCACACUACACAGGCUGGCCCAGGCUGGCUACCGGGCUGUGGCCAUUGACCUGCCAGGUCUGGGGCGCUCCAAGGAAGCAAAAGCGCCUGCCCCUAUUGGGGAGCUGGCCCCCAGCAGCUUCCUGGCAGCUGUGGUGGAUGCUUUGGAUCUGGGCCCCCCGGUUGUGAUCAGCCCAUCGUUGAGCGGCAUGUACUCCCUGCCCUUCCUCACGGCCCCAGGCUCCCAGCUCCGGGGCUACGUGCCAGUGGCCCCCAUCUGCACUGACAAAAUCAAUGCUGCCGACUAUGCCAGAGUGAAGACAUCAGUUCUUAUCGUUUAUGGAGACCAAGACCCUAUGGGUCAGACCAGCUUUGAGCACCUGAAGCAGCUGCCCAACCACCGGGUGUUGGUCAUGGCGGGGGCAGGGCACCCCUGUUACCUUGACAAACCCGAGGAGUGGCAUACAGGGCUGCUGGAUUUCCUGCGGGGGCUAGCAUGAGGAGCAGCCCUGCUGAUGCGGAUGGGCCGCUUGCCUGCCCUGCUCUCGCUCUUGCUCAUUCUCUCUCCUUUCCUUUGUGGGUUCCUUCUCAUCCUGUACAUUGCAACAGGUAUGUCUGUCUAUCUGGGUUCUUUUCUUUUAGGGUCUGUCUUUUCCUCUUCUUUCUCUUGCAGGGACAGACUGAAGAGGUGAAAUCGAGAGGAAAAAAAUUUCAGGAAUCAAGGGACAUAAUCUGGUGGAGGGUAAUCCAUUAGAUGAACUUCUCCUAUAAGUUUUCCUCCUCAGCUUGCAUUCCUUCUGCUCUGCCCAGCUUCUCCCCACCUACCACCUCCUCCUUUGGCUGCUCCACUGGGUGGCACAGCCCCUGACUCCGCCUCUUGGGCCACAAAAAUAUACAUGCCCACAUGCAUGCUUACAAAUUAGAGUCAUCUAUGUUCCCAAAUAUGACCCUUCACUUGGCCGUACACACAGUUGGGAGCUGACACUCACGGCAGCGUUGCACUGCACGCACAGACACACACACAUAUUCUGCCACCACACAAGUACUUACACAGGCACAUUCUGCCCUCUCCAUAUCUGGGAAGGCAGAGAUCCCAUGAGGCCAGCCCUUGCAGGAGACCCUCUACCAGGCUUAGGGUAUGGCUAGCUCUGAACUUCACUCACCCACAGGUUGCAGCUGGCCCCAGAUCACAAAUGCUCCCAAAGGAGGAGGGGGCACCACUUCGACCCUCAGAUCUUCCAGCUGGGCGCUCCACAGCUCCCCAGGCCUGGGUCUUCUCGGCCUGUCUAGUUUCCUGCUUUGAGGUUUGGUUGGUAGGGAGACCAAGAGUGAAGGUCGGUGAAAUAAAGUGAUGCAAUUAGA